AUGAAAUUCACAACUAUAGCAGCAGCUGCUACCACUCUUUUUGGUUUAUCUUUAGCUCAAGUCAAAUACGAAUACGUACACGUCACACAUGUUGUCACUGUUGAUGCCAAUGGAGAAUCAACUCCAACACAAACUACAGAAGAAGAACAACCAUCAGUAUCAACCUGGGUUUUUUCAACCAAUGUUUUGGGACAAGAUAUUGCAUUCACUAGUGUUGUUUCCAACGUUGACGAAGCAAAUGCUACUUUGUACCGUCAGAACUUGGUUAUUCAAAGUGGAGACUCAUUAACUACUGAAAAAUUAGCUGUUAUUGUUAACCCAAGCACAUUGGUUACUUCAACUUUGUCAUCAGAUGAAGCUUCUGAUGCUGAAUCUGAAGAAGCUGCCGCCAUUGUUUCAUUCACUCCAACAUCUGAAACUUCUCAACCAACUCAACAAUCAGUUGAAGCUACUUCAAUUGUAAGCUCAGCCCCAUCAACUGAUGCUCAACAAACUACCCAGGAGUCACCAGCCACUACAUCUUCAUCAACACAAUCAUCAGCAACAACUUCAUCCAGUUCAAGUGGUGAUUUCGGAAAUGUUCAAGAUGAAGCAUUUUCCAAAGAAAUUCUUGAUGCUCACAAUUCCAAACGUGCUCAACACGGCGUCUCUGCAUUGUCAUGGGACCAAUCUGCUUAUGAAUAUGCUCAAAACUAUGCUGACCAAUAUUCUUGUUCAGGAAACUUGAAGCACUCUGGUGGCAAAUACGGUGAAAACUUGGGUGUUGGUUACAAGAGCGGCUCAGCUGUCGUUGAAGCUUGGUACCUGGAAGGUGACAGCUACAACUACAACACUGCUUCUACUUUUGACCAUUUCACACAAGUUGUUUGGAAGGGAACCACCAAGGUUGGUUGUGCUUACAAGGACUGUAGCUCUCAAAACUGGGGUAAGUACAUUAUCUGUUCUUACGACCCAGCUGGAAACAUUGUUGGUCAAGGUAAGGCAAACGUUUUGCAAUAG